CUUCACAAAAGGUUACAAAGGGUAGCAAAACUUCACUUUAUUUUUUUGAUAGCUAGCUCGAAAUACAUAUCUGUACCAUUAUACCAAUUGCUAAGUAGGCAGAUACAUGGAUGUAUGUCGUGAAAUCCAUUAAAACAGCACCGCCAUUUCUUCUGACCGCCGGUGAACAACGGCACCAACGCUAGCAUAGUGCAGCUAGCCAGCUAGUCUAUCAAAUGAAGUCCGGCUAGACUAUCAAUUGUGCAUAUAUGUGGGAAUUCUGUUUAACUUUAAGGCUAUUUUUCUUGCAUUGUGUUUGUAUUUUCUGUUUUAGAUGCUCUUACACGGCAGAUGGGGACAGCCGCCGUUACCCAAUUCACUUUUGCCCAGGCUGUGCAAAAGUGGAUGUGCUAUGCGCCAGACCGGGCAGGAGGGACUGGACGACAAACAGACGUCCGACCAUGAAGUAUGCUCUUACACGGCAGAUGGGGACAGCCGCCGUUACCCAAUUCACUUUUGCCCAGGCUGUGCAAAAGUGGAUGUGCUAUGCGCCAGACCGGGCAGGAGGGACUGGACGACAAACAGACGUCGGACCAUGAAGUGUGGUGGGUCUAGCCUUUCUGGGGGUCGGCGUGUGGCUGAGAGCUCGCUACCCAGACGAGACUCUCUUGACUGGGGAGUAUGUGCUGAUAGCGGUUGGCAUAGUGAUGCUAAUCACAGCGAUCACCGGAGACCUUGGCGGAUGCACUACCAAGACCUCCUGUUUGGCAACGUUCUGUGUUCUGCUGGCCAUCCUGAUGGCAGCCCAACUAGCCCUCUACGUCCAACGAGAAAGGGUGGAACACCGUCUGGCUGAGUUCUACGGAUUCCUGUACGAGAUCUACAUCUCCGCCGGAGACCCCGUGGUGGGAGGGACCCUCAGAGUGAUUCACUACACAUUGAACUGCUGUGGAGCCGUGGGAGUGGUGGGCUUGGAUCCCAUUUCCAGCACCUGCCCUGCCAGGUCAGGGUUCCUUGAGCGCUUCAUAUCUCCCUGUCCUACUGUUCUGCUGGACGUUUUCUCGGCCAAACCUCCUUUGGCCAUGGGCAUCUUCUACGGCAAUGCUGUGCUGAUGGUAGCAACCAUGGCGGCUGCUGGAAUCCUCUUGGGACCUAAAAUCAUUAGUUUGAUUCGUUUGUUCUGUUUGUUUAUUUUGAUGGUUCGUGUCUGGAACAUCAUUCGGCGGGGAACCUCAGGUGUCUGGUCAAUGGUCAAAAUCAAAUAUUUUGCCUUCCUUAAUGUCCUCCCUGCUUUUAAGGUUAGGUAGGUAUUAGGUACGCCCGCAAAUGGAGCUCUUUAAAACGCCAGGAGGUUUUAGACGGUGGCAGUGCUCGGAAAACAGCAAAUUUCUGUAGCAUUAGCCUACGACGCCGCUCGAGAAUUACAGAUGUGUGGUUUUAAGAAGAAUAGACCAAGCUGCCACCAUGAGAACGUUUUAGACUUAAUCAACAUAAGGUUGAGGGGAGACGAAGUUCUGUUCGUAUUUAUGUGACCAUAUUUUUGUAUUAUGUCUAAAAAAAAUUACAUGGGCAAUUUUGUUGUUACAUUAGUUAUUAUAGAUUUAAAAUAAUGUAAUGGGUAGAGUGUCAGCUCUUGCUCUAAAGUUGUUUUCACGUAAAUAGUGCGAUGCAAUAUGAGCAUUUUGCAUGGAAAACAUUAAUUAUAGUUCACAUUUGGUAAAAAAAAGGUAAAUGUGGAAGGACGUUAUUUUAAUGAUUAACAUGUGAAUAAAGACGCACACUCCUAGCUUUUCCUGGUUGUUGGGGAAAUAUCAAUCGUAACUAUCUAAAUUAUUUAAACACUUUACAUAAUUAGUCACUUGAAAAGGAAUUUCUAUACAUUCUUGGAUAGUUUGCAUUUGCGUUACCAAUCGACUGAAUUCUUUGUUAUAAUUAUUCCUUUAACCAUCUUACCGAGAUGUCAAUUUCACCCAGUGUAUUUUAAUUUAACUUAGUCUCUCCCACCAUGGUCAAUCCAAAACUUAAUCCUAAACCAACGAUGGUCACUCCCCCUCACCUUUGUAUUAAAUGCCCACGAUGUGAACGUUUCCCUAAAAGAAUAAUGUACACUCAUUGUCUCUUUGAAUGUAUGCUUGGUAACUUUACUGCCUGUAUCUUCCCAUGAUCAUGCUCUAUUCAAUCAAAUAUUUUGCUGUCCUAGUGUCCUAAAAAUAAGUUAUUCUUCCACUGGUGUACCGUCUACAUUUCUUAGCAAAUGAGAACCAAGUUUGACUUUAUCCUGUUUCUGUUCUUAAACUGUUUCUGUUCUGUUGAAUUCAAAAUCAUCUCUACGAACAAAGUCGUCCCUGGGGUUUUAGUCAGACAACCUACUCACUUAGUAAUUUAUGAACAAAAAAGAUAUUGCAAUGGUUCAAUAUUUGACUUAAAAAAAAAAGCCAUCAAGCAAUA